CUUGUUUUGGUUGCGUAGCAACAGCGGACAACAUUUAUCUUGGAGUUUUGAAUGCUAAAGAUCCGAGGUGCAGUUUAAGAUGUCUGUUCCUUUCUCCACAACAAACCUGCGUAUUCCCAAAGGGUUUGGGAAUUUAUUGGAGGGCCUUGCCAGAGAGGUGUUGAGAGACCAGCCUGAAGACAUCCCCGCGUUUGCUGCACUUCACUUUGCCAAGCGGCUUAAAGCCAGAGAGGUAAGUGGCCUUGAUCCAGCAGAGUGGGGUGCAAGGUUGGAAGACAGGUUCUACAAUAAUCAUGCAUUUAGGGAUACAGCAACGCAAGGACGCUCCAUUUCACCUAAAGUGAAUGCAAGAAACAAAACCGGUGAUUCUGGAACUUUUGGAAACAAUGGAUCUCAACACUCCAUAGGAAAAGACCUCAAUGCUAAUAAUUCUGGUAAUUCAGUCGACACUGCAGUAAAGAAGAAAUGUGAGUUUGAUAAGAACCUAGAUGAGGAAUCCGGUGAGGCCGAACAUGGACGUGCUGCAGAGUUGUCCUAUGUGGGACGAGCAGAUGUUAAUGCUCAAGAACUCAAAAACCCUAGUGAGGUUCCAGAAAUACAAUCAGAACAUACAGAGGUACAGAAAGACAAAGAGGCGGCACAACAAUCUGUAGAUAUAGACAUCUGCAGAUCUGAACUUGAGCCAACACCUCUUCCUUCCUUUGGUGGUCUUGCAAACGUGGAUGUAUGUGCUCAAGAAAUAAACCCCCCUUUAAGUGCACGUUUUGAAUCAACUGAGAACAACAGAGACUUGGAAAGCCCUUUGCUGCCAGACGGUGAACAUUCAAAAUUGCAGGAUGUGCAGAACUUACCAAAUAACCAAGUAAAAGAAUCUUUCAUUGAAACUCAUUCACAUAUUGAUCAGGAUAUAGGCAAACAAGCAGAUCAAAUGUCUGAGGAUGAAAACACAGAUGAACCAGAAUUUUAUGGUCAUAUUGAAGAUUCAGAACAGGAUGUCCCAUUACUGGAGGACACUGGCCUAGAGGAGAAAAUCACUGAGAAGGUUUACUUGGAGGAGUCAACAGAAACAACCCAUGUUCUUAAAAAAGACAUAACUCAAACAAGUAGGACAGACGCAGAGCAAGAGACAGAGGAGCAUAAUGAAGAAAAAGAUGAAUUACUGCUCAAUGAAGACUAUGAAACCAGCACCACCGAAUUUGUAGAAGAUGACCCUGCCGUGGAAACAACCAGAAUUAAAGACACAUACAUUAACUACGGUGAUGAAACAUAUGAUAGUAAAAGUGAAGUCAUAGAUGUGCUGGAUGAAGUUGUAAUGGGCACCGAUCAUCAAUCUUUCACCUAUACAGGUGAGCACGAAGAUGAGAACAGCAUUGAUGAACAGAGUACUUCUAAAAUUAUGGUGGAUGAAGACCUUUUGGAAAGUCAGAUUGAUGCUCCAGAGCCAGAUUCCCAAAUGAUUGACUAUGACAGUGAAGCAGAGGUUACACAGGAUGUGACAGGCAAUGAGAUUUUAAAUAUCAGUGCAAUGGAAAAGGAUCCAACCACAGAGACCUUAAAUGAAGGCAGCGAUCUUGACAGUGAUGGUUGUGAUGCUGAAGAGAUGGAUGAUGAUGAUGACAUAAGCAGAAAAGAGAAAGAUCAAACCAAAAGCAUGAUGUUUAAUAAGCUUUCAAGCGUUCAUGAGCAAGAUAACAUGAAAAGUGAUGAUUUAGAACUAAAGGAAGAUGUUUUGCCCUCUGAAAGUGAGGUAGCUCAAUACAUGACUUUGCCAGAGGGAACUGAGAGCGAAGCAGAGGUCAUGAAUGAACAUCCUACUGAAAACUCAGAGACUAAUGAAGAUCAGGAGGAUCAAUCUGAGCUCCAAUGGGAUGAGAGCCGGGAGAAUCCUCAAAGCAGUGAACAAAAGGUAUCUCCAUAUCUCAUUUUUUCAGCCCCACCCACUAAUACAGUAUAUAACAAUGAUGGUGUUCAUAAAGACAAUAUGGAUACUUUGCGCAUCAUGGAUUGUCAUAUUGAGGAACGCAGCCAACCACAGGAAGAAGAGGACAUCAUGGACAUCCCCUUGGAUGACCCAGAAGCCAACAAGGCAGCCGCCAAAAUCCAGGCCGGCUUCCGCGGUCACAUGACCCGAAAGAAGAUGAAACCUGGUGAAAACUCUGGGGAGGAGGUGAGCAGCAGUGGUGAGGCCCUCAAUGGCAGCCAAGGAGACACAGGGGGAUCAGAUGAAGCAGAGACAGAUGCCACAUCUGGACCAGAACAGUAAAGACUUCAAUGUCGAUCUCAAGGACGAUUUCCAGAGGGACUUUUUAUGUCAAAAAAGUAGUAAAAUUAGGCUGGAUAUCUCAUUUGAUGUGUGAACUUUCUCUGCUUAUUAUCCAGCCUGGGUGAAUAAAUUCUCCAGCAUGCUUUUGCUUCCCACAGACAGGCAUCUGUAUACUUCCUAAUAAUGUUUUAUUCAGAUAUUUGUUUGAAUUAAGAAUGGAUGGUGUACAAUUUACCAAACGGUUUUCUCUUCACUGUUUACUUUUCAGUCAGAUAGACUAAAUGCAUCAUGGUUGACUUCUGAUAUUUCUUGUUUUGUUUCUUUGCAGUGGUGGUCUGUUUUGACUACUUUCAGUAUAUGUAGCCUCAGAUAAUUUGUUAUUUGUCACAAUAUGUUAUCAGUAUAAUUCUUUAUAAUGGUGUUGGCUGAUUUGUUUGGCUUGCUCCUUGUAAUAUGUUAGUGGAUCUGUUUAAAAGAUGAAAAAAAUCAGAGCUUCCAGAAAAGUACUGUACUUUAUAUGGCAUGGCAAGACUGAAUUUAUUGAUUUUAAUUUCAUCAUUUUGUUAAAUUUUUUAUAAUUAUUUAUUAAUCAUUAAGUCGAUUAAAGGUAAUGCAUAUCAUUCGAAGUAUAGUUUUAUGAAUUAAUGUGUGACUAAGAUCUCAAUGCUGCUUAAUGAAUGACAGAGAAGAUCAUAUUGCAUGUUGACAUCGUCCUCAUUAAACUCUGUAUCAAUUGAAAGUAAAUAAAUACUCAGAAAUGUC